UCAUACGAAUAGCGCAGUGGCGAGUUAGUCGGGCGAGGAGAUAUGGCUUGUGUCGCCACUGUUUGAUAUGGAAUUUAUCCCAUAUAAUCUGGGAUCAGGAUUACGUAUUAGAAGCUAAAGACACACGAGCAUGCCGGAGGAUUCGGUGAAAGUGGCCGUGAGGGUCCGUCCCUUUAACCAAAGGGAGAAGGACCGCCAGGCCAAACUGAUCAUCAAGAUGCAGGACAAGAUGACGAUGAUCAUAAACCCUGAUGGAAACAAUGAAGAUCCCAAAAAGUUUUCUUUUGAUUACUCCUACUGGUCACAUGACGGCUAUGUGGAAGAGAAUGGUUUACUGGUACCACGACCAGGAUCAAACUAUGCAAGUCAGCAGGAUGUGUUCGGUGACCUUGGUCAAGGCGUGCUGGACAAUGCCUUCGAAGGUUACAACUGCUCGCUGUUCGCGUACGGCCAGACUGGCUCAGGGAAGUCGUACUCCAUGGUGGGCUAUGGAGCAAAUAAGGGAAUAGUCCCUAUCACAUGUAAUGAGCUGUUUAAGACAAUGGCUGCUAACACAGAUUCUAAUAAGAGGUUUGAGGUGACCUUCUCCAUGUUGGAGAUCUACAAUGAGCAGGUUCGUGACCUUCUGUCCAAAGACAACCCCAAGGGCGGACUCACAGUGAGGCAGAACCCAAAACUGGGCAUGUUCUACGUGGAGAAUCUUAAACGUGUGCCAGUCGGCAGCUAUGAGGAAAUAGAAAAGAGGACUGAACAAGGUACGGCAAGUCGAACAGUAGCCUCCACCAACAUGAAUGCCACCAGUAGUCGAGCUCACACCGUGGUCACCAUCACGUUUGACCAGAUCAUCAAGAACGAGACGGGCUCCGAGACGAAGAAAAGCAGUGUGAUGAACUUGGUGGAUCUGGCUGGUUCUGAGAGAGCUGACAGUACUGGUGCCACUGGAGAUCGUCUUAAAGAGGGCGCCAACAUCAACAAGUCUCUCUCAGCUCUCGGAAAUGUCAUAUCGGUGCUGGCGGACCUGUCUAUGGGGAAGAAGAAGGUGAUGGUGCCGUACCGAGACUCUGUCCUCACCAAGCUGCUCCAGAACGCCCUGGGAGGAAACAGUAAAACCGUCAUGAUUGCCGCCCUGUCCCCUGCAGACAUCAACUACGAUGAAACUCUGGGAACCUUACGAUAUGCAGACCGUGCCAAAAAAAUUAAGAAUCAGGCUGUCAUUAAUGAAAAUCCACUUGACAAAAUGAUCAGAGAACUCAAGGAAGAGAAUGACAGACUGAAGCGUGCCCUGGAUGGUGGAGGAGUCAUCGGUGGUGGAGAUGUAACCAUGUCACCAGAAGACCAGAUGCAGAUGAGGAAGAAGAUGGAGGAAGAGAUCCGGGCUCAGCUGAUGGCCAACCAGCAGCUCCUCUCGGACAACACCCAGAACUGGGACCAGAUGUUGUCCGAGGAGCGGCAUGAAACAGACGCAAUAACUCAGGCUGACAACCGAGAAAUGUCCAAGAAGAAGACAAUGCCUCAUAUGGUCAACCUGAAUGAGGACCCCAUGCUCUCAGGGGUCGUGUUCCACUUCCUUGAACAAGGGGACACAACUAUCGGAAGGAAAGAUGCCAACCCACAACCAAAGAUUUGUCUCAGUGGUCUCAGCAUACAGAAGCAGCACGCAGUCAUCUACAACACAAAUAACGGUGUAGAGAUAGAACCGGUGGGCAGCCAUGGCGCCAAGACAAAGGUGAACGGGCUGCCACUUGCAGGACGCAAACAGCUGGGUCAUAAAGACAGGAUUCUGUUUGGAUCAAACCACCUGUAUGUAUUCAUGAACCCACUGAAGCCAGAGACCGAUGUGGACCUCCCAGCUCAGAUCACGUGGGAAUAUGCCCAGAAAGAGAUUGCUCAGGCCAAGGGUUUCGCCACAGGGUCAGCGGGCAUGACAAAAGAACAGCAAAUCGCUCAGGAACAGAUCCUCGAGAUCCUCCCGAUGGUGUCGGAGGUCAAUGCUGUGUCGGAGGAACUCAACAAACAGAAAAACUUUGAGGUCGUCCUGAUCUCCGCAGCAGCCCAGGAGGGUCAGGGUGGCCAGAAGGGAACCAGUUUCAGGGCAAGCAUUUUCAUACCGAUUGUGUUCCCCGAUGACAUGCGAGUGAUGGUCAAGAUGAAGAACCUUCUUAAUGGCAACACCUGGCUGUGGGAACGAGGCAAGUUCAUGAACAGGCGAUACCUCAUACAGGAAAUGUACCAACGUUACUUGGAUGGAGAGGAUGUAUCACACAUCAAGAAGGAAGACGACCCGUUCUGGGAGCCGACAGAGGAUGUGCUGAUUGGUACCGCCAACGUGUUUCUUCAGUCGCUGGCAUUCGGGCUAGACUUUGAUGACAAGGUUGUCAUUACGGAUUACAAGGCGCAAGAAGAAGGAUUUCUGUAUGUGAAUGUCACACCCUGUACUCAGUCGGGCAAACCUUUUGACGAGGAAUACUUUGUGGAGAGCCCCAACGAGUUGCUGAAGAAGCCGUAUCACUUUAAGGUGACAAUACAGAGUGCAGACAUCAACAAACCCCGCUUCUCGAAGGGUGUCCGCAUCAAGUACAAGGAUUACAAGGGGGACUUUGUGGAGACUCCAAUGGUCAGCGGUACCCUGCAGCCACAGUUUAAACACUCCAAGAUCAUCACUUUCCCCGAGGUCACCCAGGAACACUUAAACUUCUUUGAGAAAGGCAACAUAGCGUUCCUGGUUUACGGUGUUCAGGAGGACACGGUGCCGGAUCGCCGUCUGCUCAAACUGUCCACAAGGGAGCUGCGUCAGAUGGAACAAAUGGGUAAUAUGGCAGAUAAUGGGCGUCGUGGUACUAUAUUUGGAAAUGAUGCAGUUGUGUCUGAUCAGUCCCAUCUGAAGACUGAGAUUGUACUUCUACAGAGGAAAUACGAGAGGCUGGCACAGAAGGAGAAACGGAUGCAGCAACUGUGUGACGAAUGGUCCAAGAAAAAUCCGGAGCAUCAGCAGUUUGAGCCAUUUUUACGUUCAGUGUCUGCUGUGGCUAACAGUUCAGGGACAAGACUCAAGACUCGCGUACAGUUACUCAACCAGGUUUCAGAAGAGAAAGAUGACGAUAUAAUUAGCUUGUAUGUAUUUGGUGAAGAGGAAUCAGCUUUAGCAGAAGAGGCCGAUCAGAAUGCGGGGCUCAUCGAGUACAAUAAAGUGGCCAAACACCAUUUUGACUAUGAUAAGCCUGCCAUACCCAGACAGAAUACGUUUAUUAAGUCCCGGAGUUUCGACAGCGAUUCAUUAGGGUCAGUAGACCUAGAACCCUUCAUGAAAGCCCCUAGAGAUCAUGAAAAUAAUAACAAGCCUCGCAAUCGAAAUAAGAACGAACUGAACACAUCUCACCGACAACCAAGAGCAAGAAGCAUGGGAGAUGCUGCAGCACAGAAUGGUGGACAAAAUGGCCGUGUUACCAAGAGUAAUGGAAAAGACAAAGAUGGUAGUUCUGCCUGUGUGAUGCAAUAAUGGAAGAUGGAAGAUGGUGGGAAAGAUGAUGGGAAAUAGAAUGAUUGACAAACUUACUACUGUGAUAUAAUGUUGUUAUUCAUGACCUUAAAGUAACAACAUUGUUGUUUUUGGUAUAUGUGAUACAAUGUAGACAUGAUUGUGCAAUGUGUGAUACAGUUUUUAUCACACAUUCAUAACAUGUCAUAUCAUAUUUCAGUAUGAUGCACUGUUAGAAUAUAUUGAAAUAUGGUUGUAAAUAUUGAUGCAAUCUUUUGCAUGUUGUGACAGUGUCAUGCACUAUUGUAAUACACAUGCAUCUUUCCUUUCUGUUACAUUUGCAUCAUGUAAUGGAUGCAUCACUGAAAGUGAAACGUGUGCUUCAAUCUUGAACUUUGCAAUACAUGGUUAACUGUACAUAUAUUUCACAAGGACACAAUAUUUCAUGCACUGUGUUGCUGUCUAACGCAAGCUGUAGAAAUACUUUACCUUAUCAACCAAGGUGUGUAACAUGCAAUACUAUGUUUACUCAGACUUCAUGUUUGUGAGUGUCUUUUCGUGUGAAGUAUCAGAACCAAAAUGUUCGAUGUGAACAGUAAGAUGUUUCUGAUGGAUGUUUUAGAUUAUUGACCAAAUCCUGGUCCCAACGUUAGCCCAAAUCCAAAUUCAACCUAAAGUAAUCCAAACAACAAUCCUAGUCCCUAUGUGUCCUAAACCCAGUGUCAACCCUUACCACUAUUCAAAUGCCAGCCUCAACCCAAAUCUUGACAAUAACCCCAAUCUAACCCCAAACCAAACCCAAGUCUAACGCCAGCCUCAAUCCAGUCUCAAUCCUAAUGCAAGUGCCAAGCCAAACCCAAACCCAAAUCCUAACCCAACCCCAACCACAACCACACCCUGUACCCAACCCCAACCUCAACCCCAAUCCCAACCCUAUCCUCAAUCCCAAUCCUAUCCUCAAUCCCAAUCCCAACCCCAACCCCAACCCUAGCCUCAAUGCCAACACCAACUGAAAUUGAAAUCCAGCCAAGCAGGACUGAAUGUUGUAUAAUAUUUCAGAGUGUUUGUGCAAAGUUACCUCUCGCUGUAGUAAAGAUAUUCAUGUUUUUGUUACCUGUAUGAACUGUGCUGAAAAUACAAUUAUCCUCUUAAACAAUUCAGAGUCUUCAUCAGGAACAAAUGCAUAUUUUGCUAUAUUAGCAAUGACAUGUUUUACAGUUACCCUACAGAUUAUUCUGCUGAUAUUGGCUGUUUAUUCACUGCUGUUGAGGUGCCUUGUCUUUGCAUUUAUUUUUUUUAACUCAACAGAUAUGAUGUCUAUGUGCAAAAGCAGAUAUAAUAUAUUGAUAAAAUAGCACUUGAAUUCCAAGCUCUGAAGAUAAUACAACAAUUGUCAUUCAAACAUCAAACAUAAUUUAUUGCAUCUAAAGUGAAACAUUUAAAAUGCAGUGUUUUUAUAGCUCUAGCAUAAUUUGUGUCUUUAUUUAUGAUACUGUUGUUUACUUAAUGAUAUUUCUCUAAGAGGCAUAUUUACUUGAUAUUACUCUGAAAGGCCUGCAAUAACAUGGUUGUCUUGUUUACCUCUCUCGGUUUUAACAGCUUGCUGUAACAAAUAGGUUUCUCAUGCUUUAUGAAGACGAAGAGUGUUGCAUCUUGCUUCAGAGGCAUCGAAUAAUGUUGUUUUUUGCAUUUGUGAAAGAUGAAUAUUUCUUUUUGAGUGAGACUUCUUGACUAUAACAAAUAUAAACCACUUACCUGUCAGAGGACUAGUAUUGUUGGGAUUUGUUUACUCUUUGAGAAAAAAGCAAUAGCAAAUAUUAUUGUACCUUUACUCAGUUUGGAAAUAUAUUUCUUUUAUACCUGUACAUACAGGAGUGAAUUUGACUCUGUAUUUGAUCAAAUAUCCGUCCUCGAUAUUUAUAUUUCAUUUAUUUUGUAUGUAUACCUCACUCUAAAUGUAGUGUUUAUGGAAUCAAAAACAUAUUUGUCAUUUUUUUCUUCCGAUUUAUGCACACCUUCAGUGUAACUUUACAUUUGUGUUACUUUAUUGGGAUGUUUACGAAAACCUUUGUUUAUUUCUUGUGGAGAUCCUGGUUAGAAUAGGUCUCAAUCAACCCAUGCUUGUUUUACAAGACGAGUAAUGGGAUCAGGUUUUAUGACUUGGUUAAUGUUUUAUCAUCAAAUAACAAGGAGUAGAUCAAUGCUUGUGACUCAAUUGUUUACAGACAACCGUCAUAUAGCUGAAUAUAGCUGUGCAUGGGGUUUAACAACAAAUACACACCCAUGUAUACACCAAUGUUAC